AAUAAAUGAGACGAAGGAGAGGAAAGCUGCUGGAAACUGGAAAACCUUUGUUGUUAAUUUUCUUUGUUAGUUUGUGACUCUAGCUUGUACCAGCUACGAGCAUUUUCAGCUGGAAAUGAAUGCGCGAUGUGUUUUUAAUAAAUGGUGAAUUCAUUUUCCAAUUGAGUAGGUCGUGAUAGUUUGGUUCUAUUAUUAAUUUAUUUUACAAUGUGAAUGUGAUAUCGACUGACGUACAUAAUGAAAUCACUGUGAAUAUCCAGUGCACCAGAAGCAUGUCUUCGGUUGGCCAGCUGGUGCCCCAGGUCACGCGGCCACCUCCCAACAUGAGCAUCAAGUUCAACGGGCCACACAUAGAGGGCUCCUUCUGCUCUAUGGUCGACUACAACUUUGACCCAAUCAUCAGUGUCAUCUGUGCCAUGUACAUCAUAUUUGGCAUAGUUUACACACUUUUUGGGUACAGAUGUUUCAAAGCCAGUAUGUUUCUCACGGGUUUUACGUUCGGAUCGGCAAUCGUGUACCUUAUAUGUCUUCAAGAAUACUUGAUGCCGCCUUAUGGAAACGUCGGUGUAGCCGUGUGCGCGGGUCUGCUGUUCGGCCUCAUCACGAUGCUGAUCCAGUACGUGGGGCUCUUCAUGACCGGCUUCCACACGGGCCUGCUGCUGGCCGUCGCCGGCCUGGCCAUAUACGACCACUUCCUGGACACCAGGCCCAAUACGUACUGGCUCUGCGUCGUGGUGGUUAUGCUGGUUUCUGGAAUCUUCUUUGCAGUCAUCAAUUUGUACUGGAAGAAAGUGUUGACGGUGUUCGGCACGAGCGUAUACGGCGGCGCAGUGAUCGCCACUUGCCUCGAUUACUUCCUUGAGCGCAUGGUCAUGCUCAAAUGGGUGUGGGAGCGCGCGAAGCUGGAGCCCGCCACGCCGCCUCCGUGUCGGCUGUCGUGGCUGGCGCUGGCCGCGUGGCCCGCCGCGGCCGCACUGGGCUUGUGCGCGCAAGCCGCGCUCACCGCCACCGGCCUGCACCACGAGCAGAGCAUAAGCGCACAGAAGCGGCGGCUGAAGGCGGCGGCGGCGCGGCCCGUGACCCGCGAGCAGCGCGCCGAGCUGAAGCAGCGCAAGUACCGCUACCUGUACCAGGUGCGCACCGCGCACGGGGACGUCAUCUCGCAGUCGUACGUGCAAGCACUUCAAAAGAAGGCGCAGUGCGGCAACUGGAGCGCCGGCGGGGGUGUGGGCGGCGGAGGCGAGUGCAGCACGCUGCAGAGCGACUCCACGCACCUCACCGUGCUGGCCGGCUCCGAGCACGCGCCGCACACCGACUCCGACGACGACCUCAACCAGAUACGCGCCGCGCACUAGCGCGCAGGUUAUCGUGACUGAAGAACCUUCGGAAAAUGUAAUUAUAUUCAUUUUAAAAUAUCCAGUAUUAUCAUAAAAGAGAUCCACUCAUUUUAAUUAUAUUAUCGUAUAUUAAGUAUUAUUAUUAUCGACGUAUUAUUAAUAAUUGUAUUCAAUAUUAAUGUAUCGUUUAAAAUAAUUGAUUAUAUUAUACAGGAAGAAAAUUUUUUUAGUGCGGAUAUUUUUAUAUUUUGUACAUAAACAAAAUUUAAUGAUCACGUAUUUUUUCUUUUUUUUUUUAACUCAAAAAUAACAAAAUUAUCGUUAGCUAAAGUUAUUUACUUUUGAACAGAAUUUUAGGGUCACCCUAUUGUGCGUUUAUUUUAUUUUCGUUUGAUACCUAAAGAACGUCACCAGAUCACUUUUAAGCUGAAUAUAUCUUGUUUAGUAAUAAUAUGUACAUUAUUUUGUUAUUUUAGAGACAUAAAUUUAAAAAAAAAUUACAUAAAAUGUAUCGAACUGUUUGUAGAUUUAUAUUCUAUUAAUGAUACAGAACCACGAAAAAAAAUAUCCGCACUAAAGACCGAAUCACCCUGUAUUAUAUGAUCAGGAUUUUUUUUAUAUCAUGCGGGGUUCAAGGCCUUUCUUUUUUACACUUGUCUUAUUUAAUAUAUACAUUUAAGUGACUGCAAGAAUUAUAGGCUUUGGUUGAACGUUUCGCUCGGGAAAGAUCUGAACUGAAGGUCCAACACCUGAAAUUGAACAUGUCUGACAUGAAUGCCGAGUGGCUAAAACAAUACACUGAUUUAGAAGUCCUAAUAGCUGAACGAUUCGCUGAAGAAGAGGUCUAAUACCUGAAAUUGAACAUGUCUGACAUGAAUGACGAGUGACUAAAACAAUACACUAAUAUAGAAGAGAUUGAUUGCAUCAUCACAUACCAUCAGAGAUUGUAGUCAAGGGCUAACUUGUAAAGAAUUAAAAAAAGAAACGAAGAAGUCUUAUUAGUUGAACGAUUUGCUCAGGACAGAGCUAAAGAGGAGGUCUAAUAUCUGAAAUAGAAUAUGUCUGACAUGAAUGACAAGUGGCAUGAAUGACAAGACACCAAUACGCUAAUAAAGGACAAUUUGAAUAUUGACUUUUGUAUUUAAAACUAAAUAUUAAAUUGUAACGUAAACAAGUGGGAUUAUGUACUUACAACUGAACGAAAAGCCGAAUGUUCACUUGGUUCUAUUGAACUCACUGAGACUUGAUCGUUGCUUACAUAAUUUUAAACAUUGAACUUUUUACUAUACGAUUCUACUGUAUUAAUUAGAAUAGUGCGUUCAUGAUGCCCUUUUCUUGUGUUUAUAGAUACGUAAAUUUGUUGGUUUUACUAUCGACAUUUUAAUGUUAAUUUUAAAACUAACCAAGAAAAUAUAAUUUUAUAAAAAUUUUAAUUAGACAAUUAGCUAAAAUGAAUAUAUCUUUUAGGAAAUCAUAUCUGUCCUUAAUCUUCGUUAAUUCUUUGGCCCAUUAAUUAAUAACAAUAAUGGAAAAUUGGGUAAUAUGAUGUACACAAGAUGUGGGCACCAUAUGAACCACUAAUAUAUCGAACACUGCCACAGGGGUACAGUUAGCAUUUUGUACAAUGUUUUUUCGACUGGCAACGAAUGGCCUUGGACUCCACCAUCUCUGAGCAGUGUUGUGUACAGUACUACCACUGUUAUAAGACUCGCUAAAGAACCUGUGCAGAAAUCAUGUAUUUGAAUGGCGCGGCGUGAUUGAUAUCACGCCAUUGAAAUAUAUGAUUUGCUACCUUCCACUAAGCGAUCAAAACCUCCUAAAUAAUAGUGCACCCGUUUAACAUGUCGACCGUGGUCGUUGGAGUCGCGGCUAAAACUUCAUUUAAGACAUCAUUAAUUUUGCUCACGAAAAGCUCACAAAGAAGAUCUGAAGAGGUGAGCCAUUGUGGUCGUCUAUCAUAAACACUGAGUAUAUUAUCUACUACUAAAUUAAAUACUAAUCUGUAAACUGAGCUUUCGUUAUGUUUUCUAAGCUCAUAAUAAAAUUCCAUUUGAUAAUAUAUUAAUUCAUUCCAACUUGAGUUGAUUGCAACUCUCGCAAGCAUGUGGAACGGGAAAAACUACGAUCGUGAGGGUGACCGUUGUGAUCGCUUAGUGGAACGUAGCCGAUAUCAGCCAAUCAUAGCGCGCGUCUGUCUACUUUUGGUUGUUGCUUACACGAGAGCGAUAUAGCUCGAUUCUGUGUUGUUCUUGCGUUUAAAAUCUUAACAUAGAGUAAUAAGGUCUACAUUUAAUUGAGGUGCAACUUGCACGUAAACGAAUUUUGAAAACGAAGCGAUUUCUAGUGGUGGUAGUACCGUAUGUUUGUGUAAUCGUGUUCGCAAGUAAGGUUGUGUAUAUUUUGUGGCUGUGUGUGCGGUUAUUUUAACUUUGUACUGAAAGGUUAUCAUUUGUACCAAGUACAACACUGUCGUGAAAUUGGUUCGAGAUUAUUGAAACAUAUAUUCCUUGUUUUGUUAUAGAAGGUCUAUAGGACAUUGUGUGGUUCUUGUAAUAAAAACAACAACUACGCCUCUAAAGACCUUGUAAUAACAAGUAUGUUUUUAAAAAAUGGCGUCCGUAAAAUUUUAUAGACUGCAGCGCGUAUUAUUAAAAUUAAGGUCUGGUUUAUAUACAUAUUUAGUUAUUAUUCUCAUUUGUUUUUUAUGUUUGUAGAUGUUCUACAUAGUUAAUAUCAAUAAACGCACCAUACAUGGUUUGACCAUCUGCUUUAAUAUCUGCCAUUUGCAAUCAAACACUAUCGUCUUGCGACUAAAAAGUAGCUAAGUGAUAGAUGAUCGUAGAUCGGUAUCAUAAAAUAAUUAGUAUAUUUUUCGUAAGAAAAAAUCGUUUUGUUGCUAAAAUAUUACAUAUACAACAUCUAUUUCAGCGUUUCUUCUUUCUUCCCAAUAUAAACUUACUUUUCUGAGUUUAGCAAACUCCAAACUUUCUGGCGUUCCAGAUUUUGGGUAUCUGUAGUAUAAAGUUAUAAGCGCAAAACACAAAACUUUUAUAACUUUAUUAUUAACGAUGUAGAAGGCCAGAACAUGCUCUCUGUUUCUGAAGUUACAAUACAGAGACUGUAAAACGCAAAAUUACCUAUAUGGCUUAGCUGCUUUUUAGAACAGUAGUGUAAAUGAUAAAUUAACGCGCACAAAAUAAGAAAAACAAUGAUUAUGUAUUAUUUAUUAUAAAUACUCGUAUCUAAUUCAUUGUACAGACCGGCCUUCAACUUUCGUUUCUUUCCUUUCCGCAAAAAAAAAAUACACUCAUUGUUAUUACGUAUACAUUCCUUAUUAAAAGUAUUAUUUAUUUGUAGGUUUUAUUAUUUCUUACUUGCUAUUGUAAAUACGAAAUUUAUUCGUACGCUACUAGCAAUUGUAAAAAUAUUAAAAUGAAGAAGCAAGAUAAAAUGUCUACUAUUGCAGUAAUCGAAUUUAAUCAAAUCAAAAUCAAUAUUAAAUAAGUCUUACAAGUCUAAGUUUAAGGCUAGCCGUAGUUGUUUUCUUAAAAAUGUGUUGCUGUCUUGUUUACACUGCUUAUGUGCUAGCGAGAGAGCAAUACACAUUAUGUAGAAUACUUACAAAACAUUUUUGGUGACACUGUUUCCUUCUUUUUUGGAAUGAAAACAAAUUAAUAUUUAAGUGCAUACUAUAUUCCAUCAUUGUAAAUGAUAAGCUGUUUAAAACCCCUGUUAUUUUUAUUAUAUUCUUAAAUAUUAGUCUUCAGUGUAGUAAACUUGAAAGGGAACAUUGGAUUAUAUUAAUUAAGUAUCUAAAAUGGCGUCUAGCCUAAGAAUUUCAAAUGAUUUUGUUCCUUCUUUGCGCCAUCCGAUCGAGCGUAAACGGGUAAACUCUUUGAGAGUGUAGAAUAGGUAUUUUAUAAGGAUUCCUGGGAACCAAGGAUAAUGAAAGGGGAGUUUGUUUGUUUGAUAUUUUGCAACUAAGUUGGUCUGUUGUAAAUGGCAUAAUAUUGUAAUGUAACUAUCUCGAUGCAAAGCAUAAUGUUAUAAUUAGUUAAGACUUGAACACAACAGAUAAAAUGGCUGAUAUUCUACAUGGAUAUCAUGUUUUAUGAGUUGACACUACUUAUUAUUAUUACUUUAGUAUUAAAGAAAGUCGAAACUGAACUAGUAGUGUAUAUUGUAAAAUCUUCCUAUAAUAUACUUUAUUAAUUUAAUUAAUCGUUGGUAAAACCGAAUUCCCUCAUACGAGGAUUCAGGUAAUUAUCAUUUUAUUGUUUCGAUUUUAUCUACCGCACAAAACAUACGUAAAAAAUAUUUAUUAUAGGAGGUUUGCAAUAUUUUGCGCUCUGCAAAUGGUCACUAAUAAGGUCGACACAUAUCCGGUAACCGGCGUAGUUAAAAUACGUCAGUGAACACAACCACAUUACUAGUGAGUGGCGAUCAGCCUCAAUCUAUUAUGUACACACACAACACAUGAGCCACUAAGUAGUCAUCUUAUUUUUACUAUCAGUUAAAAUAGUUAAAAUUGCCUUUACAGUGUUAUUAUAUAUCAAAUGGUAUCAGAGCUAUCACACCAGCGGAUUGCGAGCGUAUUCAUAGCAGAACAGGCACGCAACGGAUACGUUACGGGCGCGCAACGGACACGCCGCGCACCCGCUGCGGAUUCGUUGCGGAAGUACAAUGUUGUACUGUCUCGUACAAAAGCAAGUCCGUCCCAGUGUUGCCAAACGUACUGUUUAAAUCGUAUUUGUAUGACUUUUUUGGCUCUUGUACGAUAUACGAUCUUUCAAAUCUUAGACCCAUCAUCAUAACGAACUAAAAAUAUUAACUAGCCGACGAAAUUAACCUACGAUGAUUUGUUGGUUUGGAAAGAAAAAUACAAAUAAUAUAAACAAUAGUUUUUAGCCAGAAGCCUGUUUUUUUAAUAAAUAAAACAGCAUUGUUUUUGUUACUGAAUGUACUGUACGUCGUUAAUCCGCUACAAAACCGCGACUGAAACGCGACUCCGCCGCGCCUUCGCAACGUUUUCGCUGCGCAGCCGCGACGCAUCUGCUGCGCGUCCGCUCCACUUUGCAUCCGCUGGCAAACCGCUACUACUAUAUUAAUGGUAAUGUAAAUUUCGUUGGAAAAACAAUGAUAAACGAUCGCAAGAACAAAAAUAUGAUGAAAAACGUUGUAGCGGCUCAUGUUUCGAAUCACAUACAAGGAUAUACAUAAUUUAAUUUUCAAAGUUAUUUUAACAUCAGCUUUAUCAAUAAUAUGGUUAGUAAAAAAUUAGUUAAGCUGCGUUAGUAGAUAUGUGCUGGCCUUAACAGUUGGCCAGAUAAUUGGCCAAUUAGAUGUAUGACGAGUUUAAGUUUAGUUCGACGAUUAAUAAUAAAAUAUUGUUAUAUUUUGGCCAAAGUUUAUUUUAGUUAUUUCAUGUAACGCUGAGAGCACAAUUGUUUAUGUUCUAUAAAUUCACUCAUCUAAACUGGGUCUCCAAACUAGUAUAUUAACUUUUUAUAAUUAUAAUUUAAAAUUAUAAACCCUAGCAUACGCGUCUAUGAGUGAAUUAAAAAAAACAUAAGCAUAUGGACACCUAGUUAUAAUACACUUGCAUUUAAUCCGCUUUACUUGGUAUUCGCUUAUUACAGAUAUAAACUUGACAGCUGCACCUAAAAUUAUUUUAUAAAUGUGUAAAUAAUUAAGAUUCAAAAUAGAAGUACCUAGUUGAGGUUUAAAGGCAUUCUGUAAAGUUUACCCUCCUUGCGAGAUUGUAUGUCAACCGAUCGGUACCUACCCAGUCAACAAUAGUUCAAUAGUUCAUUAUAUCGAGUUUUCAUAUAUCAAUGAAUCAAAAGGAAUAAAUACAUUAUUUCGAAAAUUGGGAAAUAAUUUAGUGGUUUUCUGUGCAAAGACUGAUGUGCUUGAAAUCAAAUACAAAUUCAUCGUAUAAACCUCUACGUACCAUUACUUCUGGUACAGCUGAGUCACUUGUUAACGUUAAGUUGCUGAUCACCGUUGAAUCGCCGGUUACAGCUGAGUCGCUGGUUACCUUUGAGUCUAUGGUUACCGUUGAGUCUCUGGUUACCGUUGAGUCUCUGGUUAACUUUGAGGCUCUGGUUAUCGUUGAGUAUAUGGUUACCUUUGAGUCUCUGUUUGCUGUUGAGUCUCUGGUUAACUUUGAGGCUCUGGUUGCCAUUGAGUCUAUGGUUACCGUUGAGUCUCUGGUUAUCGUUGAGUCUCUGGUUACCGUUGAGUCUCUGGUUAACUUUGAGGCUCUGGUUAUCGUUGAGUAUAUGGUUACCUUUGAGUCUCUGUUUGCUGUUGAGUCUCUGGUUAACUUUGAGGCUCUGGUUGCCAUUGAGUCUAUGGUUACCGUUGAGUCUCUGGUUACCGUUGAGUCUCUGGUUAACUUUGAGGCUCUGGUUACCGUUGAGUAUAUGGUUACCUUUGAGUCUCUCGUUACCGUUGAGUCUCUGGUUAACUUUGAGGCUCUGGUUACCGUUGAGUCUAUGGUUACCUUUGAGUCUCUGGUUACCGUUGAGUCUCUGGUUAACUUUGAAGCUUUGGUUAUCAUUGAGUCACUGAUUACUGUUAACUCGAAGGUUAACAUCAAGUCGCUGGUUACAAUCUAUUAAAUAGAUGAACCUUUCGGUUGAUAUACGACUAACGAUGUCCGAUCGCUCAAUUUCUAGUCUUUUUAUCUAUUUUUAUGGGAAGCUUUCUUGUUUCUUUUCUAAUAACUUUGUUGAUUAUAUUAUUCGAGAAUUUUAUUAUUGUUUUUAGCGAGUACAUUAUAAUAUAAAGUCGCGUAUAGACUGAAUUUGUCGAAUGUUCGUGCAAAAUUUGUACCGUUUUCGUUAUUUGAAAUAAAACGACUAAUGCCGGUUAGACAAGCCGGUGUGUUUCCGCGGACUAUUAACUGGGUUUUUUUUAGAAAAUAUUAGGAAAAUGAUACUUGGAAUUUAAUAAGACUUACUUAUGUAUUUCUUUUAAAAUAAUAAAAACUACUUUUAAAAAGUUUACUUUUCUUAUAUACUAAAAUUUAAUUUUGAAAUGUCCGUUUAGAUAAUGUUUUUUUUUUAUAAAUCAUUAAAAAGAUUUUGUUAAAAAGAAAGAAAAGAAGAAUAUAUGACGAAGAGAUUA